CAUGAACCAAAACAGAAUCAACAGUUGUGGAAACUGGAAAGAUUCACAAAUAUAAGAUACUGCAUUGCAUCUUCAUCAGGUGUAUAAAUGCAUGUUGUGAACACACAUCAAAUAAGCACUUAGCUAAGAAACCCUGUCUACUCUGGAAAUGGCUGCAACAGUUCCUAUAGCGUACCAGAACUCAACGACUUCAUCCCCCGACUGGUUGAACAAAGGCGACAACGCAUGGCAGAUGAUCGCGGCCACCGUGGUCGGCCUGCAGAGCGUCCCGGGUCUCGUGAUCUUGUACGGAAGCAUUGUCAAGAAAAAAUGGGCUGUCAACUCUGCUUUCAUGGCUCUCUACGCCUUUGCAGCCGUGAUUAUUUGCUGGGUGACGUGGGCUUACAACAUGUCAUUCGGCGAAAAGCUUCUGCCCUUUUGGGGCAAAGCAGCUCCGGCUUUAGGCCAACAAUUUCUCUUAAAGCCAGCGGUGCUGCCGGCUACGACGCAUUAUUUCAAAAAUGGGACUGUGCAGACGGCCUUAAUUGCGCCGUUUUUUCCUAUGGCGUCGAUGGUUUGGUAUCAAUGUGUGUUUGCGUGUAUUACAGUGAUUUUAUUGGCGGGUUCGUUGUUGGGGAGGAUGAAUAUUAAGGCCUGGAUGAUGUUUGUGCCUCUUUGGUUGACGUUUUCGUAUACGGUUGGAGCGUUUAGCUUGUGGGGAGGUGGGUUUUUGUUUCAAUGGGGUGUUAUUGAUUAUACUGGCGGAUUUGUUAUUCAUCUUUCUUCUGGAAUUGCUGGCUUAACUGCUGCCUAUUGGGUAGGCCCGAGAUCGAAGUUGGACAGAGAAAGGUUUCCACCGAACAAUAUAUUGCUGAUGCUGGCCGGGGCUGGAUUGUUGUGGAUGGGAUGGGCUGGUUUUAACGGUGGAGGGCCAUACGCAGCCAACAUAGACUCCUCAAUGGCGAUUCUGAAUACAAAUAUAUGUGCAGCGACAAGUCUACUUGUUUGGACAUGGUUGGAUGUCAUUUUCUUUGGAAAGCCUUCAGUGAUCGGAGCUGUUCAAGGCAUGAUCACCGGCCUUGUUUGCAUCACUCCUGGUGCAGGUCUUGUCCAGGGCUGGUCAGCCAUAAUAAUGGGAAUUCUAUCAGGCAGCAUUCCAUGGUUCACCAUGAUGAUUGUCCACAAAAGAUGGACCCUCCUCCAAAAAAUCGACGACACUCUUGGAGUCUUUCACACCCACGCCGUAGCAGGCUACCUAGGUGGCUUCCUCACUGGGGUUUUCGCCGAGCCUUCACUCUGUAGUCUGUUUCUGCCAAUCCCCGAUUCCAGGGGAGGAAUCUAUGGUGGCUCAGGGGGUGCCCAAAUAGGCAAACAGCUAGUUGGCGGCGGCUUUAUCAUCGGAUGGAACAUUGUUGUCACGUCCAUUAUCUGUGUUGUCAUAAGUUUUAUAAUUCCGUUAAGAAUGUCCGAGGAGCAUUUGAUCAUCGGAGAUGAUGCAGUGCAUGGAGAAGAGGCCUAUGCGUUGUGGGGAGAUGGAGAAAAAUACGAUGACACAAAGCAUGGAGUUCAUUCCUCCGAUAGCACACAGCUUUCCAAACCCUCUGUUGGUGCUACCCAAGUUACUUGAUAAAUAAAAAACCGCUGAUAAUAUGUUGUAUACAGUGGACUCGAACUCGAACUCGAACUCGAACUUUGUAGCUUUUCUUUGUUGUAGUAAUUUCAAGGAAGUGUAAUUACAAGUGUCAAAAUUAAAGCAUGAGAUUGCGUGUUGAUUAUUUCAGAA